UGACCUCAGCGACUGGAUCAGUAAAGCUAGUUCCCUUUAGCCACGUCAUGUAAAGUUAGCAGUGAGCACUUGUGAAAUAAAGACAGCGAAGGGUCGCAGUGUUUUGGUGAUAUUAUCUCAUUUUUAGAGAGGUGCUCUUGUUUCAUGGUUAUAACUCGGCAGUAAUCAUAUGGAAAGAUGUCGGAUAUCGGGGACUGGUUCAAAAGCAUCCCUCUCAUCACCCGGUACUGGUUUGCUGCCUCGAUUGUUGUUCCCUUUAUUGGAAAACUAGGACUGGUUGAUUUCAGGAAUCUCAUGCUGUUUCCAGAGCUGGUCUUAAGCAGAUUUCAUCUCUGGAGACCAGUGACUGCCACCUUGUAUUUCCCAAUAACCCCUAAUACUGGGUUUCUUUACAUGGUCAACCUGUAUUUCCUUUACCACUAUUCCACUCGACUAGAGACAGGGGCGUUUGAUGGCAGACCUGCAGACUAUGUCUUCAUGCUGUUCUUCAACUGGAUCUGCAUUGUUAUAACUGGGAUGCUGAUGAACAUGCGGCUGCUGAUGAUCCCACUGAUCAUGUCAGUGCUCUAUGUCUGGGCUCAGUUCAACAAAGACACCAUCGUGUCCUUCUGGUUCGGAACACGGUUCAAGGCGCACUAUCUACCCUGGGUCAUCCUGGUCUUCAACUUCAUCAUCGGAGGCUCGUUUGUGAAUGAACUGACAGGGAACCUGGUGGGUCACCUCUACUUCUUCCUCAUGUUCAAAUACCCCAUGGACCUGGGAGGACGCGCUUUCCUCUCCACACCAGAGUUCUUGUAUCGGUUCUUCCCUAACAGGAGGGGGGGGGUGUCGGGCUUUGGAGUCCCUCCCAGCAGACCAGCUGCCCCGGAGCAGGCCGGAGGAGGAGGAGGAGGAGGAGGAAGAGGGCGUUACAACUGGGGCCAAGGCUUCCGCCUGGGGGGUGAAUGAGCAGAGACAAGAGGAACGAGAGAGCUACACCCCCUCUACUCCCGCCGCUCUUUUGCUCCCAAUAACAAAAUGGCGUUGCAGUUGAUUGUUUAAGGUUAAAGUGCUUGCUUUUUCUCAUUCUUCCAUUUGAGGACAAAUACCUUGACUUAAAAUUUAAUUCACAUUCAUGUUUAGUUUUAAAGGACACAAAUGGAUGACAUUUGAGAAAGCACACAUUUUAACCCUGACAGCCCCCACACAGCAGGACUCAGGCCUUAAGCUCAACUCACCAAGUAAAGCCAGCUCUACUAUUACUACUACUGCCCAUGUGUCCAUGUGAAGCAGAUAGAAGGAAAUAUGAAUAGACUUUUUUUUUUAAAUGUGAUUCUUGAUCUCCCCUCCCCUUAUAUUCUUCCUUUCUGUCCUCUUUUCACCCCCUCCCUUACCCUCCUCUCCUUUCCUCGCAUUCGGACUGUCAAGACAGAUGUUGCAGCUGCACACCAGCACGCUGUUGAUUUUGACUCUUGGUUUCCUGUCCUCUCCCCUUCUCUCUCUCUUUCUCUCUCUGUGAUGCCAUAUCAGAUUACAUUGUAAUUACCAAGGCACUGGGAGUGUGCUCUCAGCAGAACAUGGGCAAAGCUAUUUAGAGAGCACCGUUUCCAGUUCUGAUUUUACAUGGGUGUAACAUGUUUUUUUAAGCCUCUGUGGCACAGACCUGAUAUUUGUCUUAAGAUCUGAUCUUAACCAAAAUAGGGUGAAGAUGGGACUUUUUUUUUGUAAAUAUAACAGUUGUUUAUUGAAAGGAUGAGCGAGUCUAAGAGUAUAAUUAUUGUUCUAUCCCUGUUUCCUUAAUGCAACACUUGGAUUUUCUUCUCUCGAGUCA